CACACACACACACACACACACACACACACACACACUGGUGAAUAACACAGGUGAGUUAAUUGACUGUUGCAGCCCACCUGGAGGGAGUCUCUGUCCUCGUUAGCACGCAGCGCUCGUUACACGCUGUUGCCACGGAGACAGACCCAGAGAGAGGCAGGCAGGAGGCGGGGCCUGGAGUGGGAGGAGCCUCAGGACAGGUGAGUCAGGUGAGUGUCUCGUUAACCUCGUUAGCGAACUCUUCGCUAUUAAUGCGUUUAUUUUGUUCAUCAGCGCCCCACCCCCCUCUGAAGACUCCGUCUCCCAGAAUGCAUCAGUGCAUCCUCCCACCUCCUCCAAAGCUCUGCAGACGGAGGAGGAGCCUCCGCAGGUAAACAAUCAAUUAAACAAUUAGUUCAUUAUAAUACUUCAUCUAAUUGUUAUAUUGUUGUUGUUGUUGAUGAUCAGCUGAAGGCGUCUGUCCUGUUGACUGAAGUCAGAAACCUGCAGAGAGACAAAUGGUGAGAAAACUACUUCCUGUUCCUCCUCCUCUUCCUCAUCCUCUCUUCCUCAUCCUCUUCAUCCUCUCCUCCUCUUCAGGUUAAUGGAGCAGCAGCUACAGGUGUGGCGUCUUACCGUCCAAUCAGAGCAGGGCGUUCUGGAGGACAGGUGUUCAGAGAUGGAGGUUACCAUGGCGACGCUGAGAGAGAACAACCUGCACCUGCAGCGCAAACUCACUCAGGCGGUGACCAACAUGGAGACUCAACAACACGCCAACAACACGGAGAACAUGCUAACCAGGGAGACCAUGCUAACCAGGGGGAACAUGCUAACUCCAGACAACAUGCUAAACAUGGAGAACACGCUAACCAGGGGGAACAUGCUAACUCCAGACAACAUGCUAAACAUGGAGAACACACUAACCAGGGAGACCAUGCUAACUCCAGACAACAUGCUAAACAUGGAGAACACGCUAACCAGGGAGACCAUGCUAACCAGGGGGAACAUGCUAACUCCAGACAACAUGCUAAACAUGGAGAACACGCUAACCAGGGGAAACAUGCUAACUCCAGACAACAUGCUAAACAUGGAGAACACGCUAACCAGGGAGACCACGCUAACCAGGGGGAACAUGCUAACUCCAGACAACAUGCUAAACAUGGAGAACACGCUAACCAGGGGGAACAUGCUAACUCCAGACAACAUGCUAAACAUGGAGAACACGCUAACCAGGGAGAACACACUAACUUCAGACAACAUGCUAAACAUGGAGAACAUGCUAACCAGGGGGAACAUGCUAAACAUGGAGAACACGCUAACCAGGGAGAACACGCUAACUCCAGACAACAUGCUAAACAUGGAGAACACGCUAACCAGGGGGAACAUGCUAACUCCAGACAACAUGCUAAACAUGGAGAACACGCUAACCAGGGAGAACACGCUAACUCCAGACAACAUGCUAAACAUGGAGAACACGCUAACCAGGGGAAACAUGCUAACCAGGGGGAACAUGCUAACCAGGGGGAACAUGGAGAACACGCUAACCAUUGAGAACACAGAGAACACGCUAACUACAGACAACAUGCUAACCAGGGGGAACACGGAGAGACAAAACCUGAUGCCAAUUUAUGACACGGAAUACAAAGAAGAAGAGGAAGAUGAAGAAGAGCAAGAAGAGGAAGAUGAAGAAGAGGACGUUUUUCUGAGGACAGAGGACGAGUGGAGUGAGGAAGAACUACAAACUCCAUCCCCCACAAUGCACCAGCACACUCCUCAAUCACAUGACAGCCACUCUGGCGAGGAGGAGGAGCCUAGCUGUCCAAUAGGACAACAGGAUGCAGCUCAGGAGGCGGGGCUACAGGGAGAGGAGGAUUGUGGGACAUGUAGUUUGGAGCAGCAGCUGCAGCAGACGGCAGACAGACUGAAGACAGAGAUGCAGACAGACAGGUGGACAGAGAGACAGACAGACAGGUGGACAGAGAGACAGACAGACAGGUGGACAGAGAGACAGACAGGUGAGAGGAAGUGGGCGGGGCUUCAGCUGUCAGCAGAGCAGGUGGGCGACUCCAUCCUCCGCCUGGUGGACGCUGUGAGAACUGAACAUAAACACUGAUAAACACACAGAACAGGUGUUACAGCUGCCGACAGGGUGACGGGUGCACUUCAUGUAUUUCUUUAAAUAAUAAUGAAAUCCAAUGUAAUGACCUUUUUCUUGUUUUUAAAAAUAACUAUAACUUUAUUAAAUGUCCAGAGUCCCUGUAAACCUUUAUAAACAUAUUAAAGAC